UGAACACUCAUCCCCACUGCUUCCUGCUAAACUCCUCACCUCUGCUCCCAAAUCCUAUUUAAUCACAUUAAUUAUUCUACUAAUUACAUCCAUUAAUACAUUAAUUAACUUCCACCUCUCAAUGGGAAACACCGACGCCGCCUACAUGGCCGGCGUUGAGGUCGCCCACCGCGUUCCCGUCCCCACUCCUCGUCCCUUCCUGGACACCUUCUGCUCCAAUCUCAAAGAAACCUUCUUCCCCGACGACCCAUUCCGUCAAUUCAAACAAGAAAAAGGCGGCCGCCGUGCCAUCCGAGCCCUCCAAUACUUCUUUCCCAUCUUCGAAUGGGCUCCAAACUACACUUUCAACUUUUUCCGUGCCGAUCUCAUCGCCGGCAUCACCAUAGCUAGUCUUGCGAUUCCGCAGGGCAUCAGCUACGCUAAGCUGGCUAAUCUUCCGCCUAUACUCGGGCUAUAUUCGAGCUUUGUGCCACCGCUGGUGUAUGCGAUGAUGGGGAGUUCGAAGGAUUUGGCUGUGGGGACGGUGGCGGUGGCGUCGCUGCUCUUGGCGUCGAUGUUGGGGAAGACGGUGUCGGCCAAGGAAGAGCCGGCUUUGUAUUUGCAUUUGGCGUUCACUGCGACGUUCUUCGCCGGCGUCCUGCAAGCGUCUCUGGGCUUGCUGAGGCUUGGGUUUAUAGUGGACUUCUUAUCGCAUUCAACCAUAGUUGGAUUCAUGGGAGGAGCAGCGACUGUGGUUUGCCUGCAGCAGCUGAAAGGGAUUUUGGGACUUGAGCACUUCACCACUAAUACUGAUCUAGUCUCAGUGCUGGAGUCCGUCUUCUUUCACACUUCUUUUAUGAGCUAUCAGUCUCUCCUCACCCUCUGUAAGCAUUAACUAAUAUUUAAUUUAACUCGGCGUCAUCUCUUUGUCAACUAUCCAAAAGUCUUUUGGCUAUCUGCAGCAGCGCCAUUAACAUCAGUGAUAUUAGGAAGUCUAGUGGUGUAUUUCAGCCAUGCCGAGACUCAUGGUGUUGAAGUGAUUGGUCACCUCACAAAGGGGUUGAAUCCUCCCUCUUUGACCAAACUGACCUUAUCUCCGCCUCACAUGAUGGUGGCCCUCAAAACCGGCAUGGUCACUGGAAUCAUUGCCCUUGCUGAAGGAAUUGCUGUGGGGAGAAGCUUCGCCAUGUUCAAAAACUAUCACAUUGAUGGGAACAAAGAGAUGAUUGCAUUCGGAGCCAUGAACGUGGCUGGAUCCUUGACCUCUUGCUACCUUACUACAGGACCUUUUUCACGAUCGGCUGUGAAUUAUAAUGCCGGUUGCAAAACAGCAGUGUCCAACGUGGUCAUGGCAUUGGCAGUAAUGAUCACUUUAUUAUUUCUCACCCCACUCUUUCAUUACACUCCUUUGGUGGUUUUGGCCUCCAUCAUUAUCUCGGCUAUGUUAGGCCUUAUCGAUUAUGAAGCUGCCUUUCACCUGUGGAAGGUUGAUAAGAUUGACUUCUGCGUGUGCAUAGGAGCUUACCUUGGAGUUGUCUUUGGGAGUGUCGAGAUCGGCCUGGUUACUGCGGUGAUGGUGUCAAUACUUAGAGUUUUGUUGUUCAUUGCAAGGCCAAGGAUGACCAUGUUGGGUAACAUUCCAAAUUCCAUGGCUUAUAGAAGAAUGGAUCAGUACCCCGGAGCUCAGAGCAUCCCUGGUGUUCUUGUACUUGGCAUUGAUGCCCCAAUCUAUUUUGCCAAUGCAAAUUACUUGAGAGAGAGGAUCUCCCGAUGGAUUAACGAGGAGGAAGAUAGGCUUAGGGUGAACGGAAAAACCAGCUUGCAUUAUGUUAUACUUGAUAUGGGUGCUGUGUCCAGUAUUGACACAAGUGGAAUAAGCAUGAUGAAGGAGACAAAAAAAGCACUAGAAAGAAAAGAGCUUCAGUUGGUGCUAGCCAACCCAGGAAGUGAAGUGAUGAAGAAGCUCGAUAGCUCAAAGGUGCUCGAGACAAUUGGUCAUGAUUGGAUCUUUCUAACUGUAGGGGAAGCUGUUGGUGCCUGCAAUUUUAUUCUGCAUACAGUAAAAACUGGAAACCUUAUGGAAAAUGGAGGAGUUAUGGGCUUAGAUAGCCAUGUUUGAAAAGGCUACUAAUGAUGUACUCAGUUAUAUCAUCAGCUAUUCUUAAUCUGUGUUCAAGAAGCUCUGCUAUUUCGUUGAGUUUUAGGAUUGAACUUAUCAGGCUAAGCAUGUCUCUAUGGCUACUGUAGCUCAUAGAAGCCUUUGUUCUACAUUGCUAUUCCUUUUGGUCGAUAUUAGCUGACCAUCUUUUGUUUUUGGAUGUUGGGUUAGAGCAUUUUGCCACCCUUUCUUGCAAUCGUAACCAAGAUUGCAUUGUAUUAUCUUACUAUUGAAGAAAUGAAAGCUAUAGUUUUGUUGCAAA